UGGAUAGUGAGUCUACACGAGUGAUAAAAUUAGGGUUUCAGAAGAAGGAAUAUAUAUUUACGGCAUUUCAUCUCUUUCUCCGCUUCUUCGAACUUUGUUGUACUUCGGGGCUCCUCUCUCAUAUCUACGACAAUGCCUAAGCAAAUUAAUGAGAUUAAGGAUUUCCUUCUAACUGCAAGAAGGAAGGAUGCUCGUUCAGUCAGAAUUAAGAGGAGCAAGGAUGUCGUUAAGUUCAAGGUUAGGUGCUCCAAGUAUUUGUACACACUUUGCGUCUUUGACACAGACAAGGCAGACAAGUUGAAGCAAUCACUUCCUCCAGGUUUGAGCGUUCAAGAACUUAAGUAGAAGGAAUUUGGUGAUUUCUGGAGGCCUGGUGGACGAUCUCCUUUUAGAAGGAAUUUGGUGAUUUCUGGAGGCCUGGUGGACGAUCUCCUUUUAAGACUUGAGAAGGAUAGCAAUGUUUCGUUUAUUAUUUUACCAGCUGAUAUUCUCUUAUUUUAUCUUCUGAGUUCUUGUCUAAGAUUUGUGCAAUGAUUAAUGUAGGGCAGUAGUUAUUUUACAUUUCGAAAGAUGAUAUAUUAUGAUAUUUUGGUAAUUAGAGAGAGAUGAGUUGCUUGUGUUGAUACAUAUCCAGUUCAUUUUGUGAUCUUAAGUAGCAAACUUACUUCUGCACUA